AUGUCCGAAGGUUACGUGACGUUUGCCUCGGUGGGCGAUUCGGAGGAGAGUGUUUUCCGGGAACCCUCGACGGUGCCGACGACUCCGGACGGGAGCUGCUCUUUCAGUCCCGUGCUGAAGUAUUCCCACGAGGUGGACUGCGAUGGCGAAAGUGUUGAAGGGGAGAAGCUCGCCGGCUUGGAGAACAAAGAGACCGAUGGGCGGUCCGGUCUAAGCACUACACCGAACAUCGUCGUCCGCAAUAUCUGCUGUGUGGGAGCCGGAUACGUGGGCGGUCCAACGGCGGCGGUCAUCGCCUUUCAAAACCCGCAUAUCAGAGUCACCGUCGUUGACAGAGACGAGCGGCGCAUUCGCAGGUGGAACUCGAGGCAUCCCCCCAUCUACGAGCCCGGCCUCCGGGACAUCGUCAGGGUCGCGAGAGACGGCGCCAAAGAGAUCAGUUUUUCCGGCGAGCCCACGACGACGACGAAAGCAAGAAACGUCAACAUCUCGUCGGGGACAUCGUCGUCGGCCACGUCCGAGUGCGGAAGUCAAUGCGGCGGCGAGGGCAGCACCGUCACGGUCGUCCCCGCGCGAGAACCCAACCUGUUCUUCUCGACGCGGGUUUCAGAGUGCAUAGCGGAGGCGGACGUGAUCCUCGUCGCGGUCAACACGCCCACCAAAACCCGGGGCCACGGCGCGGGCAGUGCGACGGACAUGACGGCAUUCGAGGCCGUCACCGCCGAGGUCGCGAGACAUGCACGGCCCGGGGCGAUCGUGGUCGAGAAGUCGACCGUGCCGUGCAGGACCGCGCAUCUCGUACGGGAGACUCUCGCGGUACACCGCCCCGGGGUCCACUUCGAAAUCCUCUCCAACCCGGAAUUCCUCGCCGCCGGCACCGCCGUCGACGACCUCCUCCACCCGGACCGUGUCCUCAUCGGCUCCGACACCGCCACGCCCUCCGGCCGGCGCGCGGCCGAGGCCCUCGCCGGCGUCUACGCCGCUUGGGUGCCCCGCCCCCGCAUCCUGACCACCAACGUGUGGUCGUCCGAGCUCGCCAAGCUCGUCGCCAACUCGAUGCUCGCGCAGCGCGUCAGCAGCAUCAACUCCAUCAGCGCCAUCUGCGAGCGCACCGGCGCCGACGUCGACGAGGUCGCCGCCUCGGUCGGCUGCGACCCGCGCAUCGGCGACAAGUUCCUGAAAGCCGGCAUCGGCUUCGGCGGCAGCUGCUUCAAGAAGGACAUUUUGAGUCUGGUGUACCUGGCCGAGAGCCUCGACCUGGACGAGGUCGGCGAGUACUGGCGCCAGGUUGUCAAGAUGAAUGAGUACUCCCGCGACCGGUUCACGAAGCGGGUGGUCAAGUGCCUGCACAACACGCUGGCGGGGAAGAAGAUCACGGUCCUCGGGUACGCGUUCAAGAAGAACACGAGCGACACGAGGGAGGCGCCCGCGCUGGAGAUCAUCCGCACGCUGCUGGAGGAGGGGCCCCGCGAGAUCGCCGUCUUCGACCCCUGCUGCAACCCGCUCGUCAUCAGGGAGGAGAUCCGGCAGCUGUGCGGCUCGCCGAGCCCGCUGAGGGAAGACGGCGGGCCGCUCGCCGUCUACGGCAACGCGUACGACGCGUGCGAGGACAGCGUGGCGGUGCUCGUCACGACCGAGUUCGACGAGUUCCGGAACAAGCCCGCGCCCGCGACGCCGACCACCGCGUCUCCUCGUGCGACGACGAAGCCGCGGGUGGACGUCGACCCGCGACCCUUCCGGAGCCUCGAGAUCCGCCAGUCCGACGUGCUCGCGCUGCACCGCUACCUCGUCGGCAGGGAGGAGGCCCUGGACGACCCGCUCGGGCGUUACGUGCCGGAGCCCGGGUGCGCGUCCGACUGUCCCGACUGCAGGGCGGAGGCGGACUGCAGGGUGUCGGGUUUCGCGACGGGGAUGGGGACGGAGGAGUAUAGAGCCAAGGAGAAGAUCGACUGGGCGAGGGUGGCGGGGCGUAUGCAGAUCCCGAGGUGGGUGUUUGACGGCCGGGGGGUGAUCGAUGCCGGGGCGAUGGCCGGGCUCGGGGGGACGGAGGCCUCGGUCCUGGUCCUCUCGGGCCUCGCGGCGCUCACGAGCGCGCGGGAGCUGCAGAUCGACGACGUGCCCGUGGAAUGCGCGACGAUAUGCGGGCCCAUCGUCGAGUUAUCCUUCAAGUGCGACGUCGACAACUCCUUCGACGAGCUGAGGCGGCUGAAGAGGCGGAAAGUCGACGCCCCCGGCGCCGCCGCCCCCGAGCCGAGAGUCGUGCGCCGGCAUCACCACCGCAGACCGAACCAGGUGCAGGCGGACGUCGAGGCGACGCCCACGCUGCCUGCCCUCGACGCGGUGCCCUCGUCGAACGGCGAGUUCCAGCAGCUGCCGCAGCCGCAGGACGCGCAGCAGCCGGCGGUGCCGGAGGCGUCGCCCGUGUUCAUCGCUUCGCUGCCUUUGGUCGCCUCGGCGCAGGAUCCGCAGGUUUCUACGCCCGGCGUGCAGGUCACUCCUUCGGACGUAGCGCAGCCGACGCCGUCGUCGUCUUCGUCGUCUUCGCCGCCGCCGCAACAGCCUCCGCCUCCUCCGCCGCCGCCGCCACAGGCGACCUCGGUGUUGGUCGUCCCGGUAUUCGCACAGCCGACGUCGACAGUCUUCCUCACCGUACCGGCCCCGUCACUACCACCAAUACCUCAAGUUACAGUCCCAGCGCCACUAGUACCGACACUCCCUCCGAUUCAAGUGUCGAUCCCGCCGGUGAUCGUGCCUCCUCCGGUGGUAGCACCACCACCGCGGCCGGCACCGCCUCCGCAGCAACCGCCGGCGAUACAACCGCCCCCGCGGCCUCCGGUGCAACAACAGCCGCCGCCUGCGCAGGCGCCGCAAAUCCCUUCGCAGCAGUCCACUCCUUCGCCGACACCCAGUGCCGCGCCCGUGAUGGGCGAGGGGCCUGGGAAGAAAGAGCCGGAUCAGAAGCAGCCGGAUGACAAGGAGACUGCGGAGAAGAACUGCAUAUGUGGGAACAAGAGCUUCGACGUGAAUUUGUUGGCGGGGAUGUGCCAGAGCUGUAUUCGGAAGUCGUACAACCGGGCAAACGACAUGGACUUCAUCAUGAGCCAGUGCAACUUUACCGAGGCGACGUACACGCCGGACAGGGACAAGCUCGCGUACAAUAUCCGGGUUGUCGCGCAGAAGCCGCUACUCUCGCAUAGUGCGAACGCGAUGGGUGACGCUGGAAGAAUCGGUGGUGGAUGUACCAUGUUGGCGGCGGUGGCCGUCAGCUUCGUGGCGGGGAUGGCGCUGUUGAUAUAA